CCUGAAAGACAGGAUCAGAUGGCUGGAGUGUGCGACCGCCAACUGUGAUGGGUCCUGCGAGGAUAUUUCCAGCGAGUCCUUCAGGAAGACCUUGGAAAGCGCGUGCAACAAACCGUUGCCCGAUGAUCACCAGGCCGGGUGGGAGAUCCUCGUCGGGAGAUGCUGCCCGAUGUCCAGAUCUCACGAAAAGAAUCGUUUAUGUCCAGAAGAGAGCUUCAACACCGACACCCGGAAAAUUCCCGUGCUAAUUCGCAUACAUCAUUCUUUAGGCGAUGGGGAGGCCAUUAUAGGCCUAUUGUUCAAAGCGAUAAUCGAAGAGGACGAAAUGAAAACGGCAAAAGCGAAGAUCAAGGGUACCGCCUCGUCAGGCGAGACUGAAGAAUGUUUCAAGUCGUUGAAACAGCAAGUAAAAAUUUCGACCAAUAAUAUGUGGUUGAAUCAUAAAGUUAUCGCACUGAAACAACUAAACGGAAGAAUUAAAGAGAUCACCCGGCUAACAAUGGCUUUACUUUCUUUUCCGAAAUAUUUUAUUCAACAAGCUCUUCGUAGCACGGAUGAAAACUACAGAGAUACAAAGAGAAAUAAGUUAAAUCUCAAAAUUUGUUACAAAUUUUGCAAUAUUUUAUGUCAUAAAUGAGAGGUCGGAU